AUGCUGAGAAAUGCUUUCCUCGCAAACCUAACAUUUAAAAAUAUAGUUUACUGGAAAGUGUUAUCUAAACAUUAGAUAAGAAAUGUAAUGGAUUGUAUUUUUAUAUUGAUUAAGAAUAAAUUUUAGAAUCUCCAAGGGAAACAGGCAAGACUGUAAGUUUAUUAUAUUCAUCCAUGAAUUGGUUAUAAAAGAAUAGAAUAGAAUAAUAGAAAUCCAAAAUAUAAUGCUUGAAAUUUUAAAAUUAUUAAUGCUUCAAGAAUCCAUGCAUAAUUAAAAUAGAUAGCUUAAGAAUUUAAGAAAACUGUUUAUAGCCAAGUAUAUCUAUGAUAGGUUCAAGAGAUUAAUAUUGUUUAUUAGACUUUUAAAAUUAAGAUGUUGAAACUUAAUUGAUCUUUAAUUUCCUUUUUGAGAAUCUUUAUUUAUAAAAAACUACAAUUAAAUUAUUUUUAAAUGGCAUCAAUAAAAAUAAUAUAUCUGAAUAUAUUUCAUUUUUUGAAGCAAUAAAUAAUUUAUAUGUCAGAUGA